GUGAAUAGUCCGACGCCAUUGUGUACAAAAGUGUGUCGCUGUCGCAGUCGCCAAAAGAAAAAGUCAAAUUCUUUUAUAAAUUGCCAAGAAAAAGAUCGACGUUAGUGUUUAUACAUUUAUAGCUUCCAAGGAAAUCGACCACAAAAGGCCAAACACAAAAUGGGAAAUGAAACGUCGCUGCCAAUGGAAAUGUGCUCGAAUUUCGAUGCGGAUGAAAUACGUCGGCUGGGCAAACGUUUCCGGAAACUGGAUCUGGACAAUUCGGGUGCACUGAGUGUGGAUGAGUUUAUGUCGCUGCCGGAAUUGCAACAGAAUCCGCUCGUGCAGCGUGUCAUCGACAUUUUCGAUGCGGAUGGCAACGGUGAGGUGGACUUCAAGGAGUUCAUUCAGGGUGUCUCCCAGUUCAGUGUUAAAGGUGAUAAAUUGUCAAAAUUGCGGUUCGCAUUUCGCAUCUAUGAUAUGGACAAUGAUGGCUACAUUUCCAAUGGCGAACUGUUUCAGGUCUUAAAAAUGAUGGUGGGCAACAAUUUGAAAGACACGCAACUGCAACAGAUUGUGGACAAGACAAUCGGUUUCGCGGACAAGGAUGAGGAUGGCAAAAUAUCAUUCGACGAGUUCUGUUCGGUUGUUGGCAAUACGGAUAUACACAAGAAGAUGGUUGUUGAUGUUUAAGGCUAGCUAGCUAGCUAGCUGUGCGUUGAUCCGCGAUGAUGGCAACUGCUGAUGCUGCAUAUAGGUUUACGAGUAACGUGUACUUUUUUUUAUAUAUAUAUGCGUAAUGCAAAUAUUUUUCACUAGUUACUAUUUAUUUUUUUUUUAUAUAUAUUACUUUUAUUUUCAUAUGUAUAUUAUUUGUUUUCUCUCUUUAUUUUGUAUUUAAUUGUUUUGUUUUGUUUUAUUUUGUUUUUUUUUACAUAUUGUUAUCAAGCUGUGCGUUCAGAACGAGUAACGAAAUAUUUACACAGCUGUCAGUGAGCCAAUUUCAAUCACUCGCUUUAACGAUCCUACGAAAUAAUAUAUAUAUCAUAUUUUCUAAAAGAAAAACAAAAAACAAAAAAAGCAACACACAAUUUUUUAAAAGUUGUAUCUCUAAGUCGUAAAGUAAAGUACUGAAAGGGAAACACGAACACAACAACAACAACAACAAAACACAAAAUUCGCUGGAUACACCAUAUACAUAUGUAUAUUACUAUAUACAUAUUUGUAUAUAUUUACAUAUAUAGGCAAGAGAGAAAAUAAUGAAAAUUGUGCGCCUCCUACUUACAUACUUCUUAAAAUAUAUAGUCAUAAUUUAUUAUACAACAAAAUAUACACGUAACGAAUUGAAUUGAAUUGAAUCAAAGCAAAAACAACAUUACAAAUUGAAGAGAUGAGAAGAGAAGUGAAGCGAAGAAUAAGCAAAUAAAGCAACAAGUUGAGCGUUUUUAAUCAACAAA